CGCCAUGCUCCGCCCAGCGGCCUGCCGACGUGUUAGUCCGGCGGGGCGCGCCCGCGCCAGUCGUGGACUCCGGGCCGCUAGCCUCUGGGGCCAUAUUAUCAAGUCACAAUUUUGAGAUGGCGAGAGGGGAAAUGGAGAGAUAUAUACCGUGAACCUUGCCUGUCUCCAGACAUGUCGGAAACGGCAAAGCCAAGAACUCAGGGACUCAGGGGCCAAGGCGCGAGACGAGACUCGUCUGCACAAAGACGCCACGACGACAAAACACCAGGCUGCCGAGUAAACCACGGCGGCAGCACCGCCUUCAACAUGGGAACCACGGCCCGAGCCUCGGCCGCCGCGCUCGCGCUCGCGCUGCUAAUCAGCUCGCUCCUCCUGGGCGUCGCACGCGGCGCCUCGCUCGUACAAAUCAAGGACGACAUCGGGGCGAACCCGACCAAAGUAGGCUUCUACAUCUUCGUGCCGGACAAGCUAGCCGCGAAACCAGCCGUGCUGGUCAACCCGCACUGGUGCCACGGGACGGCCAGCGCAGCUUACACCGGCAGCCAGUUCGCGGCGCUGGCCAGCCGGCACGGGUUCAUCGUCAUCUACCCUAACAGCCCGCACAGCGCGGACCAGUGCUGGGACGUGUCGUCGGCGGAGACGCUGGCGCACGGCGCCGGCGGCGACAGUCAAGGCAUCGUCAGCAUGGUCAAGUGGACCCUCGCCAAGUACGGGGGCGACGCCUCCCGCGUCUUCGUCACGGGCGUGUCGUCGGGCGCCAUGAUGACCAACGUGCUGGUGGGCGCGUACCCGGACGUGUUCGCGGCGGGCUCGGCCUUUUCCGGCGUGCCGUUCGGCUGCUUCGCCGCGCCGGGCAACAAUUCGGGCGUGUACGGGUACUGGAGCGACGACUGCGCCAAGGGGAAGGUCAAGCACUCGCCCGCCGAGUGGGCCGCGCUCGUCGCCGCCGCGUACCCGACCUACGGCAGCGCGUGGCGGCCCAAGCUGCAGGUGUUCCACGGCACGCGCGACGAGGUGCUCAACUACGCCAACUUUGGCGAGGCCGUCAAGGAGUGGACGGCCGUGCUGGGGCUCGCGGCCGCGCCGACUGCCACCGCGCUGAACACGCCCGUCGCCGGCUGGACCAAGACCGUCUACGGCCCCAACGGCUGGUUCGAGGCGUACAGCGCCGCCGGCGUCUCGCAUAAUAUCCAGGUGCAGGAGGACACGGACAUGUUGCAGGCUUGUGCGGUUUUUUUUCUCAUCUCACCGACCACUGUUCACCAAAACAAUCGUCUACGGGGCAGCUCUAGCCACUCUGACUCGGGCCUGCAGUAG